CAAUCUAUAUUUAGACUUGUGACGUACUUGUGACGCGCUGAAAAAAAUAAUUAUAGAAACAAAUCAGUCACCAUUUGUACUGCGUUGUUACGAUAAAGUACUAUAUAAAGUUACUAUACUAAGUCAUUAAAUACCCAGAUUUGCUAAUGAUUUGUCACAAUCAGUUUAACAGUUGCUGUACUUUAUUUUAUACAUGUAUGUUCGUUAUAUCUGUAUAAUAAAAUAUUUAAAUUUUCUAUUUUACAGAUUGAAGAAAAUGACGUGCUUUUAGACAUACAUUUCUGGAAUCUGAAAAAAAGCUUCUUCAUUUUUAAAGACAUAAAUAAACUGGAUUUAGUUAUUCAAGGGUGAAAAAUGUGAUUGUGAAUUACCGAGAUAUUGUGCCAUUUUUGUACUGAAAAAUAUAAUUAUCUAAUUGUAAGGAAACAAAAUGUAUUGAAUUGGAAAGUUAAUAUAGUUGUAAUGACCAAAACAUUUAUCACAUGAAACGACAAAUAGACAGGAAAGUAACAAAAUGAAUAAGAGAAAUGUCCGGAAGCAGAAACAAUGAUAGAACAUUGAAUGAUAUGUCAACACAGAAAUAACCAAAUUUUAGCGGUGAAUAUUUUAGCAAUAAACUGUUGAUAUUUAUGAAUUUUUCUCAAAUGUGGCGUUUGAAAACACACCUCUCCUUCACAGACUGACAUAUUCUUCAUAAUUAAUCAGACAAUAUUUUAAAUAUGGAAUUAUACCACAUUGAAUUCCUUCUCCUUCGCCUCAAAUAAUCAGUAAAUUUGAUUAGAUAUAUACUAGAUAAAACGUUAUUUCAUACUUUGUUAUCAAAUGGGGAUUACAAAACAUAUCGCGAAUUUUAAUUACAAACGUUACCGUUUUUAUAUCUUAACAAAUUGGAAAAUCCAUAUUCAAGAAAGUGUGACAUAGUGAAACCAGUUGUUUGGGGAAACCAAACUGUCUCUUAAGUUUCCAUUGUUCAUCAUCAGUCCAUCAUGAGUGACAAUAACAAUCGUGGGGAUUUUAUACCAACUGAAGACUUCCCUGACUUCGUUUUAGAUCCACGGAUGUCUUUCCAGAUAAUAAGUAUCAUUAUAAGUUGUUACUUUAACAGAAGAUUCACUAGUCGAGAAAUGCGUAACGAAUUUGUCAGAUAUAUAUCUUUCUACUUAUUUCCUAACUCUGCAGUUGCUAUCCAUGAGUUUAUAAGAGCUGGGUUCUACUACAGCAGUUAUCAAGAUGUUGUUAUCUGUUACCGUUGUGGUUAUCGAAGAGGGAACUGGCAAGUAACAGAUAAUCCAAAUGAUAUUCAUCGUCAGUUUUCACCAACUUGUGUACAACAAUCCACGGUAAACAUACAAAUCAAUGACAUGUUUCAGUUUCUAAGAGAAUAUCUAAGACAAAACCCAACAGGACCAACUUAUUUACCGGCUUCGUCAAUGAGAACUGAAUUUAGUGACAGGGAAAGUCAGCAAACAGAAAGCUAUGAGAUAAUCAGAAUUCUUCCGCAAGCUGAUCUCCCAGUGCCACUGAUUAACCGUCCAUUGGAAGAUAUACAUUAUGGCACUUUCGAAGUGAGACCGGCUUUAAUCCGGAAUCAAAUGAGUGAAAUUGAAAGCAGAGAUCAGAGCCAAGUACAUGGUGAGCUCGUAAAUCCAUUAUAUGGACAAAGUAUUCCUCUUUUAAGUGAAGAGUGUCCAGCACUAACAUAUCGUAAUCACAGUACAAACAGUGAAACCAAUUUUGAACAAGGAUAUGAAAAUAGUCAUGCAACAGGUGAUUAUUCUGAUAGUUCACAGGACACGACCGAACUUAAGACAGUGUUUCGGCAGGAAAUACAAAGUUCAAAAGUGGUAGAAAGGAACACUAAUUUAUCCCAGUACCAAAGGUUAAUAAAGAGAACACCACAUGCAUCUUCUGAGUUGUCAAGUGAAGGUUUGCAAAAUGGUGACGUUCUUCCGACUGAGCUAAACAGAAAUAAGAGUUAUCAAGUACAACAAGUCACAGACGAAGGAAUGACUCCGUUGCCUGAGGCAGAACUACUCAAAGAAAGUCAGGAGGGGGAUAUAGACACAAAUCAAAAGACAGAUAUUAACCAGAAUAUACCUCUUACCAAAGAAAUCUUAGUGUCGUCCUUAGAGAAUGAAGGAAGAUCAGUUACUAACGUGUCUAGCACUGUAGACAUAGGACCCGAAGAAGAAAUUAAAGAAAAUGGUCCCGUGCAUACUUUGCAAGCCACUAGGACAGAAUUAAGAGAGCAACCUAACAAAUUACAAAACUCAAAAGUGAGAAUAGACGAAACAGCACGUUCUUCUGAGAUAAGCAGUGGCAGAACAGAAACUAAUCAUAGUGUGUUUAAGUCACGUUUGUUUCGUGAGAAUAUGGAAAACCCUGCACAAUUCAGUGACCAAAUUGAUCAACAGUCAGAUGAGCACCAGGUUCAUUUACAGUAUAAUCAUACCUCCACUGCACUGAUGAUAUCAACAGAUUUUGGUCAAGAAGAAAAUGUCACAGAAGAAAGAACAUUUCCGGUGGAAGAGGCAGAACUUCUCAAUGAGAGACGGGAGAUACAGUCAAAAUCUUAUCAAGUACGAGAAGUCACUGACGAAAGAACAGCUUCAGUGGCUAAGAAAGAACUACACAAAGAAAAUCAAGAGACAAUUCGGGAGAUACAGAUAAGACAGAUAACUGAAAAUGAUCAGUUAACCCUAGAAAUCUUAGGUGCUGCCUAUCAGUCAACAACGGACCUUCAGUCAAAACGUCAAGAUGUGGACAAGACCGAAGAAAGUGUUCCGCCUAAUUCACAAGAGUCAAAUCAAGUACAAGAGGCCACAGACGAAAAUACAGAUCCGUUACCUAAGGCAAAACUACACAAAGAAACACAGGAGAAAGAUUCAAAUCAAGAAACAAAUCUGGAGAGAGAGGCAAAUCAGGAUAUAGCUACACAUCAAAAGACAGCGAUAAACCAGGAAUCUAAUCAAGAACGAAAAGUCACCGACGAAAGAACAGCUUCGGUGGCUAAGACAGAACUACAUAACACAGUUCAGGAGAAACAGAAAACUGAAAAUGAUCAGUUAACCCAAGUAAUCUUAGGACAAUCAUUGGGUUCUAUGCAAGGUAAUAAUUCUGUACCUGUAGAACCGGACUUACAUACUCAGAAUCAUAGUCCGGGGACGAUUCACUCCAUAAAAACCAAGGAGACAGAUCGAUUUGAACACCGAGCAGACGUUGAGCAAUCCGUUGAGCAAUCCGAUACUUAUAAGGAUGUUCCUGGUUUGAAUUAUACAAUUAAUAAUAUUAAGAUGUGA